AUGGAUAUCGUCUCGACUUCCGAACCCACAAAAUCCACUCCACCAUCCUCCCAAAUUGUUACUAUUCAUAGUGACAACACUCUGUUUCCGACCGGCAUAAUCUUGACUGAGACCAAUUAUGCCUUAUGGUCUCAGGUCAUGGAGAUGCGUAUUGCUGCCCGCGAAAAAUUGGGGUACCUCACCGGUGACGCCCUGCAACCUUCUAAGCUCUCCUCCACCUACUCAAAAUGGUGUACGGAGAACUUUCUAGGUCGCUCUGAUACCAAAUUUGAAGGUAAAAGUCUCACAUUGGAAAGUUAA